AUGAAGAAAAAAAUGAACAAUUCUGAAGAUUUCGUUGAAGGAUCUGACUUGUCUGAUGCGACUGCUGAGGGGGAGGAUAAAGAAGUGAGGAAAGGAGAUGCCUGUCCUAAAAUUCCAGCCUUUCCCACCCCACCAAUGAAAAUAUCAAAGAAUGGUUCGCCCAGGUCUGUUGGCCGUGACAGGUCAACUAGUGGUACAUGUAGGUCUAUGGGCCAUGACAGGCCAUCUAGUCGUACAUCUAGGUCUGUGGGCCGUGACAGGUCAACUAGUCGUACAUCUAGGUCUGUGGGCCGUGACAGGUCAACUAGUCGUACAUCUAGGUCUGUGGGCCGUGACAGGUCAACUAGUCGUACAUCUAGGUCUGUGGGCCGUGACAAGUCAACUUGUGGUUUGUCAAGGUCCAGUUCUAUGAGCCGGGACAGUUCAAGUAGUCGUUCGUCCACGUCCGUGGGCCGGGACAGUUUAAGUAGUGUACCCAGGUCCCAGGCUGUGGAGAGCAAGUCCAUAGAUGGUCUUACACAUGAAAGUUCCAAAUACAAUAGGACUGUGCCAACCACAUUCCCGAUGUCAGAAGCGAAGUUCCAAAAAAUAGUACUCACAAAGCUGGUGACUCUGACUGAUGAAGUCAAAAAACUGCAGAGGAGCAUGCCUCACUCUGGAAUUGAAAUAACAAGGAUGGACACCUUGGAAGAGUUCCAGAGGGAGGAGGCUUCUCUUCAGGAAACAACUAAAUUUGAAACCUUGGUUUGUCAGCUGGCAAGAGUGGGGGGUAAAGACAUUAAAGACUGCACAUACAAAAUGUUGGACAGGGUCCUCACCAAUCAACUGAUGACCCUUUUCAACAUGAAGGGGAAGGGCAAAAAAGAGAAAAUGCGAUUUGAAGACACAAAAUUGUUUUCAGCAAUAAAAGCUGCUGUCAUGAAAUGGGAUAAGGCAGCAACAGAGGCCCAAAUAAAGUCUGCUGCAGCCGAUCAUCUUAAGCAUGCCCCCGGGAGAGUCGGGGGUGGUGGCUAUAAAUGAGUUUUUUUACCUUAGCAGC